AUGCCGUUUGCACAGCUUGUCAUAGGUCCCCCGGGCUCAGGAAAGUCCACUUACUGCGAUGGAAUGCAACAAUUCAUGUCCGCAAUUGGCCGCAAAUGCUCCGUCGUCAAUCUCGACCCAGCUAACGACCACACCUCAUACCCCUGCGCGCUCGAUGUGCGGGACCUAGUCACACUGGACGAGAUUAUGGAAGAGGAGAAUCUCGGUCCCAAUGGAGGCAUUCUAUAUGCGCUAGAAGAGUUGGAGCAUAAUAUGGAGUGGUUAGAGCAAGGCCUAAGCAAACUUGGAGAAGACUACGUUCUCUUCGAUUGUCCCGGCCAAGUCGAGCUCUUCACGCACCACUCGUCUCUCCGCAACAUUUUCUUCCGGAUACAAAAGCUUGGAUACAGACUAGUCGCAAUACACCUCACCGACUCCUACUCUCUAACUCUCCCCUCACUGUACAUUUCCACACUACUUCUCUCUCUCCGAGCCAUGCUUCAGAUGGACCUACCCCACCUCAACGUCCUCACCAAGAUCGACAAACUCGCCAGCUACGCUCCUUUGCCAUUCAAUCUCGACUUUUACGCCGAAGUGCAAGACCUGAACUAUCUCCUUCCUCAUCUUGACGCUGAAAUCGCAAACACGAACAGCGAUACCACACCUGCAUCGAAAUUUUCUGGCCUGAACCGGGCGAUUAUCGAGCUCAUUGAAGAUUUCGGACUCGUUGGAUUCGAAACGCUCGCCGUCGAAGACAAGCGCAGCAUGAUGACGCUGCUACACGCCAUCGAUCGGGCAGGCGGGUAUGCAUUUGGCGCAGCCGAAGGCGCAAACGAUACAGUCUGGCAAGUCGCCAUGCGCGAGGGCAGGACGACCAUGGAUAUUCGGGAUGUGCAAGAACGCUGGAUCGAUCGCCGCGAGGAGUUUGACGAGUUGGAGCGAAGACAGUGGGAGGAAGAGGCAAAAGCGAGAGAUGAAGCGAUUCGUGCUGCUGCAGGUGAUGCUGCAGCAGGAACGGGUACGGGUACGGGUAUGGAUACGGGUGCUGAUGCUGGACCCACCGACGAGAUGGAGGAGUGGGAAAACAUGGAUGCCUUGCCGCCGCAGGGUGAUAGCGGUGUCAAGGUUAUUCGAAAAAAUACGUGA